GGUAAAGAACAAAGCGUGCAAAGUCGCCAUUUUAGAAUUCGGUGUUUUCAACCAUCGUUGAAAAUAUUACUGAUAUUCUCUGAGAAUUGGCUCAUAGAAAUGUCUUAAGUGAUGCUUUGAAACACAGACAAGGGAUUCAAGAGUCCCUACACGUGAUUUCAUUAGUGUAGCUUAGCAUUUUGUGCCGCGGAUCUGUGCUUUUCCAAUGAGCACCGGUGUAGACGCGUUGUCUCUGUCUUUGAAGCAGAUCUCAUUUGCUGUUACUGAACUCAGCAAAAAGAACUUCAAGUCCACCGUGGCGGAGAUCCACGAGCUAAUCGAGAAGCAUGGGUUUGAAGCUGAAUGCCAUUUCUUCCGGGUUCUGUUCUCUCAAAUUGACUUCUUUGCUGACCCCAAAAGUCCUGGAAAGGAUUAUCAACAGUGCCAGUUGUUGAUACAAGAAUGCCAAACUCUCAUCUCCAAGCCCAACUUUGCUUCCAUUCUUUGUUAUGCCAUUGAAAACCCAGAACACAAGCAGAAAACCCUGCGUCCAUCUCCACAGCUUCUUGCUAACAUCAGCAGGAUACUGAAACUUAACCGAGUGCAGGAGGUAAUUUUUGGUCUUGGACUUCUCAACUCAUCCAAUGAAGAGCUUAAGAGCUAUGCUGGGCUCUUUGUAAAGCAGAAGCUUCCGGACCUGCUCAGGUCGUACAUUGAUGGUGACACCAGCGGCAGGCAGGAAGCAGGUCUGGCUGAUGUUGCCAUUGAAGUGCUACACCGCCUUCUGUCACAUGUCAUUCAUGGCCCGCAUGACCAGGUUGGCGUUGGUGAUGAUCAGGUACAAGCCUUCCUGGACACCCUGCGGCGGGAAUUCCCCAAGGAUCGAGUUCCAGUUGUACUUGCACCAUUGCUGUAUCCAGACGCUCAUGAUGUACCAGCUAGCAAGCUUGUGCCAGAUACAAGUGCCCCAGCUAAAGAUGUGAGAGCAGAUGACCUUGCUGGAUUGAUGCAGGAAAUAGGAUAUGUCUGCUGUUCAAGUGCUUCAGAGUGCAGAGAGACCCUUCAGCAGUUUGGUAUCCAUGACAUCACAGCAGCAGCUAUUGCUAGAGUAAUAGGCAUGAUGGUCAAGACCGCUGUUGGUUUGGGCCAACACAUUCCUCUUCAGCAGAAUUUAAACAGCAGUGCAGCAGCAUUGGACGCUAAGCCUGAUGAUGAUGGAGAAGCGUCAUGGGGAGUGGAGAUCUUUAUCCAAGUUCUAAAAGAGCGGAUACCAAUGAUGAGCUGGCAACAAGUGCUCCUGGAGCUAGACUACCCUGGUUUUAAGGUGACAUCUGUUGAAGGUCUCAAGCUUCUGAUGGCUGCUUGUCAGCUGGGUCUUCAGGAGGCCUUUCCUAUGGAACUUCUCUAUAGGAACUGGUCAAACACAGAGGGACAGUUAUCUUGGAUAUCUAUGGCUCUGCAUAAUCCAGAUGUUCUGUGCUUUGCUGACUUUCCAAGCCACCAAGUGUCAGUUGAUAUCCUUAAGGCGCUACCAGAAGAUGAAAGCAAAGAGAUAAAUAUUUGGAAAUCACUAAACCUGAUAGAGACCCUUCUAAGACUGGGUGAGGCUGGUCACUAUGACGCGGUGAAGACCUUGCUCAGGUUCCCUAUAAAGCUGUGCCCUGACAUCUUACUUCUCGCCCUCCUGCAAACCAACCCAACAUGGCAGUUGCUGCGCAAUGAGCUGAUCUUGGAGUUAAUCCCAGUGUUUCUCUCAAAUCAUCCAAAUGCUGCAAGUGUUCUGCACUAUGUUUGGCAUGGACAGGGACAAUCUUCAACUGUCCGUCAACUGACCAUGAAAGCUAUGGCGGACUGGUAUGUCAAUGGAGAACAAGACCAGACCAGACUCUCCCGGAUCUUGGAUGUCGCCCAGGAUCUUAAGGCACUUUCAAUGAUGCUUGUUGGUCAACCAUUCUCAUUUGUUAUUGACCUGGCCGCACUGGCCUCACGACGUGAAUACCUCAAACUGGACAAAUGGAUGAAUGACAAGCUGAGGGAACACCAGGAGGAAUUUGCUCAAGCAACCAUCACAUUUCUUAAACGGCGGUGCCCAACUCUUGUAGGCAUCUCACUUGACAAGGAACUGCCAAAGAGCAUCCAACUGCCUGCCGAGACUGUGUCCACCAUGCUGUCCUGCCUUCAGGUCUACUUGGCUACCAGCCAAGUUCCCCCUGGGAUGGUAGAGGUCAUUCGUCAGAUGAUAGUCAACCAUGGCCCCCUGAUGAAGCCAAGAUCUGCCUCAACCAGUGGUGGGGGACCUCAGUUGAAACGGCAAGGAAGCCUGGACUCUGCCCUGCCCACUCCCCUUGCUGGUCAAGUAGACCCACUAUCAAGCCUUGGCAUCUCGCCUACGCUGUCGAGCUCUCCUGUCACACCCAGCUCUCAGCUGCCAUCUUUCCCCCCUCAUCCUCUCCUGGGUUCAACGAUGGUCUCCACCAGUGGUUUGGGAGCGGUUGGGAACAUUGGCUCUGGCUUGACCCAGCCUAUCCAGAAGCCGUCACCUACUUCCCAACUUGGCCAGCUUCCAACAUCGUCGACUAGUUCUGGCAUGUUGUCUCCUGUCUUGGGGUCUUCCCAGCUCUUCCAGCCACUGCAGCAAGGUGGCCUUGGUCAGAGUGGUUCAUCUACUGACAGCUUUAGGAUGCUUGCAGGCCUUGGGGGACACAAGCCUCUAGGCAGUAGUUCCCUCAUGCAGCAGCAGCAGCAAGUGCUUAUGGCUCAGCAACAACAGCAGCGCAAUCAAGCAGCAGAGAAAAUAAGACAGGAUGUCUCCCAAGUAUGGCCAGGAAUGGAUCAAUCAUUCGGCAAGGACGUGGAGGAUGAGGCCAACUCAUAUUUCCAGCGAAUAUAUAACCACCCUCCUAACCCGACCAUCAGUAUUGAUGAGGUGUUGGAGAUGCUGAAGAAGUUCAAAGAUAGCCCAAAUAAAAAAGAAAGGGACAUUUUUCUGUGCAUGCUGCGUAAUUUGUUUGAGGAGUACAGAUUCUUCCCUCAGUAUCCUGAUAAGGAGCUUCACACCACAGCUUGUCUCUUUGGUGGAAUCAUCGAGCAAGGCCUUGUUACGUAUAUGGCUCUUGGCAUAGCUCUUCGUUAUGUUCUUGAUGCAUUGCGCAAGCCCUAUGGCAGUAAAAUGUACAUGUUUGGUAUAGCUGCUUUGGACAGAUUCAAGACAAGGUUGAAGGACUACCCACACUACUGCCAGCACCUGGCUUCUAUUCCACACUUCAAGGAGUUUCCACAAUCCCUGAUAGAGUACAUUGACUAUGGCCAACAGUCCAGGGAACCUCCACUAGUGAGCAGAAGCUUAAACCAGGACUCGGUGUCCUCAAGGCUGAUAAACAGGUCGACAGGGAAUUCUGGUACUGCCAGCCCCACAUUCAUUACUUCAUCAGCAAACAAACCUGCACAACUACCACCUUCAGCCCCGGCAUCUCCAAAACCUUCCACACCUUCAUCAGAAGGGAUGCCACCAGCAGGUCGCAAAGAGCCUUCUAUAGCGAACGCCAGUAACAUUGAUACAUUGCUUGGUGCACGCGACACUACAGAGAUUGCUCAACCCCCCGAACAAGUCCAGGACAAGAUGCAUUUUAUCUUCAACAACAUAUCCCAGAGCAACUUGACACAGAAGGCAGAAGAGUUCAAGACUCUAGUGCAGCAAGAGUACAUCCAGUGGGUGUCCCAAUACUUAGUCAUGAAGCGAGCUAGCAUAGAACCGAACUUCCACCAGCUCUACAUCGACUUCAUGGAAGCCCUUGAUAUUCCCAACUUUGCUAAUGAAGUGCUCAAGGAGACUUUCCGGAAUAUUAAGGUGUUGUUGCAGUCGGAAAAGGUCCCUGCCAAUUUCUCAGAUAGAUCUCUACUCAAGAACCUUGGACAUUGGCUUGGCCUUCUCACAUUGGCUAGACAUAAACCAAUAUUGAUGAAGGAAUUGGACCUCAAGUCUCUUGUGAUUGAAGCCUAUUUCAAAGGACAACAGGAGAUGUUGUAUGUUGUGCCGUUUGUGGCUAAGGUGCUUGAGUCAUCUGCGAAAAGCAAAGUGUUUAAGCCUCCUAAUCCAUGGGUGAUGGCAAUCAUGGGGCUUCUUGUUGAACUCCAUCAAGUCCAAGACCUUAAGCUCAAUCUCAAGUUUGAAGUAGAGGUUUUGUGCAACACCCUUGCUCUGGACAUGAAGGAAAUCAAGGCAACAGAACUUCUGAAUGACCCAGAAAGGCUGAAACACAUUCCACAUCAGUUGUCUUCUCCAGAGAGGGACAAAAUGGCUGCUUCAACUGCAAUGACGUCUGGCACUACAAGCACAAGCACUGCCACACAGCCUGGGCUAACAGCCACUCCCCCUCCCCCACAGUAUGCUUACCAAGAGAUAAAUGUGACAUCCUUGGCUGGGCUAGCUCCGCACAUCCAAGUCAAUCAGCAGAUCCAGUUGUUCCAACAGCACCCGCACCUCAAGCAGUGUGUCCGUCCAGCCAUUGAGAGGGCUGUCCAGGAACUGGUCCACCCUGUGGUGGAGCGCUCGAUCAAGAUUUGCCUUACAACUGCAGAGAUGAUUGUCAAAAAGGACUUUGCUUUGGAUCCUGAGGAGUCCCGCAUGCGUGCUGCAGCUCAUCACAUGGUCCGGUUCAUGACUGCAGGCAUGGCGUUGAUCACCUGUCGGGAGCCGCUCCUUAUCAGCAUUAACAACAACUUGCGCAACAGCUUCCUUGCUGCACUAAGGACAGCGAACCAACAGCAGAAGGAGAUGAUAGAACAGGCAGCAUCAGUCGUGAGUGAGGAGAACACAGAGCUAGCAUGCUCCUUCAUUCAGAAAACUGCUGUGGAAAAAGUCCUUCCAGAGAUGGACAAAAGACUAGCUACCGAGUUUGAUGUGAGAAGGCAUGCCCGUAGUGAGGGUAGGAGAUACUGUGAUCCGGUCAUACUUACCUAUCAAGCAGAGAGAAUGCCAGAACAAAUACGACUCAAGGUUGGAGGUGUGAACGCGAGUCAGACUGCAGUCUAUGAGGAGUUUGCCCGUAGCAUUCCUGGCUUUAAACUGCCACCUGCUGGUGAGACCAUCAACACUCCUUCCAUGCCAAAGCAGGUGUAUGACCACGGACUCCUUACAAGUUCAGAGUCAUCCAUUCCACCUGUGCAUGAAGACUUCCGUCCAGUAGACAAGCCCUCAGUAGAAGGCAGUGCCUUCAUGCAUGCCUUCCCGCAGUCCUACAACAUGCCAGAUGAGGUUGUCCAGCUCUUAGGGAAGUGUGUAGAGGGGAUAGAGCAGCACUUGCAUGCUAUUAUGGCCCCACCUUCAAGUCCACCUGUUGUCGCUAUCCAUAACUUGAGGGAAGCAGUCAUUCAGGCCAGAAUCUCUCGUGAUAACAUGGCAGCAGUCAGACUCCUUCAGAAGGCAACUGAAGGGCUUCUGGAUGGAAUUACACCUAUGCCAAGUGAUCAGGAGCUCGCGUUACGCUUCCGUGACUGUCACUUAAUUGUGUUACGGGGCUUGCAGGACCAUCGGGCAUAUGGGCCCGUAUGGGCCUCCAAGCAUGUCACCAAGUUUGUGUGUGACUGCCCUCCGGAUCUCAAAUUCAAUGUGGAAGCGAUUGACCUUCUGGUUCGUAGCCACCUGCUGAGUGCUCCUGAGUUUGACCUGCAUCUUGUUCAGUGCAUUGAAAAUGGACACAAUCUCAGUGCUCUCCACUUUGCCAUCCAGCUUGUCAAAUUCAUGGCUGACGAAAAGCAUGGGAAUGAGGGCGAUAUGUUUAAUGCAACAUUUGAGGCUUUGACGAGAAUUGCACGUAACCGCCAGAACCCAGAAGGACUGUCUUCAUUGUUGGAGACUGUGCAUAAUGGGCCGUCCAACGCGUUGAGCCACCAUGAUGUUCCUGAAAACAAGGCCCCAGGUGGACCCACCUCCCUCACACCUAACGUCCUCACCACAUUUCCAGGGUUUGAAGACCCACCAGGGCUACACGAUAAGGUUGAAUACCUUCUCAGGGAGUGGGUUCGCUUGUGUCAUCAGCCCGGAGCUGGCAAAGACAGUGAAAAGGCAUUCUCUACUUUUGUUGCUCUGAUGCACCAACAAGGCAUCCUCCGAUCGGACGAUCUGAUAACCCGCUUUUUCCGCAUCUGCACGGAGCUGUGCGUGGAAGUGACUUACAGAGCCCUCGGAGAUCAUCCCAACAGCCCGACACAAGCUCGUGGCAAAUGCUUUAACACACUGGACGCGUACUGCAGGCUGAUAGCACUGCUGGUUCGACACUCGGGAGAUGCCUCCAACAACGUGACAAAGAUUAACCUGCUGAACCGGGUUCUAAGUACAGUAGCAACAGUUUUAUUCCAAGACCACGAGCUUCGCCAUGCUGACUUCCAACAGCUGCCGUAUCAUCGCAUCUUCAUCAUGCUGCUGCUGGAGCUCAACCAGCCAGAACCCGUGCUUGAGGCUAUUAACUUCCAGGUGUUGCAAACGUUCAGCACCGUGCUCCACGCACUCAAGCCGUCGCGCGCCCCUGGGUUCGCGUAUGCCUGGCUAGAGCUCAUCUCUCACAGGCUGUUUAUGUCCAAGCUGCUGCUCAACACGCCUCAGCAGAAGGGCUGGAUGCUAUUCCAGCAACUCCUGAUUGAUCUCUUCAAGUUUUUGGCGCCUUUCCUGAGAAAUGCUGAGCUUGCAAAGCAGACCCAUCUCCUUUACAAGGGUACAUUGCGGGUGUUGUUGGUUCUGCUGCACGACUUCCCAGAGUUCUUGUGCGACUAUCACUUUAGCUUCUGUGACGUUAUCCCCCCAAACUGCAUCCAAAUGCGGAACUUGAUUCUGAGUGCAUUCCCUCGCAACAUGCGUCUACCAGACCCCUUCACCCCCAACCUUAAGGUUGAUCUCCUUACGGAUAUAACCCACUCGCCACGGAUCCUGAACAACUUUGUGGCGUCCAUACAGCCGGCAAGCUUCAAGAAGGAUCUGGAUUCGUACCUGAAGACCCGUGCACCGGUCACAUUCCUGACAGAACUGAGAAGUCAUCUCCAGGUGUCGACCGAGCCUGGCACGAGGUACAAUGUACCUCUGAUGAACUCCCUAGUCCUGUACGUGGGUACCCAGGCCAUCACGUACAUCCACAGCAAGAGCGCCACGCCCUCCAUGUCUACUAUCACCCACUCGUCGCACAUGGACAUCUUCCAGAACCUUGCGGUGGAUUUAGACACUGAGGGCCGAUACUUGUUCUUAAAUGCGAUUGCCAACCAGCUGCGCUACCCGAACAGCCACACCCACUACUUCAGCUGCGUACUGCUGUAUCUGUUUGCGGAAGCCAACACUGAGGCUAUACAGGAACAGAUUACAAGAGUGCUGCUGGAGCGACUGAUCGUUAACAGGCCGCACCCUUGGGGUCUACUGAUAACCUUCAUUGAGCUGAUCAAGAACCACCAGUACAAGUUCUGGACACAUGAGUUCGUGCACUGCGCACCCGAGAUUGAGAAGCUGUUUGAAUCUGUAGCACGAAGCUGUAUGCAGCAGAAGCAGGUAGCAACAAGGGAGAGUACGAGUGAAGCCGUCAGAGAGUAGAGCUGUAAAACACGAACUCUGUGCUCAUGUUGAGCUAAAUAGUUCCCUUGAAUUACUUGCAUUCUCGAGAGCACAGCAGUGGACAGUGUGACAAAAAGUCGAGCUGUAUAAUACGUGCACUUUGUGCUUGCGAAGAGGCCAAUGGUUUCCAUUAAUUACUUGCCACCAUGAGAACACAGCAAAGGCCGUGUUUACUAGCCUCUAGCACAUGCUAGGCCACAGCGUCACAUUCCUGUGUAUAAAUGGGGUUAUCACAUGUAUAGGAUUUCGUUGCAUAUGUUCUUUUGCUUCUAGUAAUAAUUUUGUAUCAGUUUGGAGUAGAUAAAAUAAAAUAAAUUGUUUGCUGGA